GGUCCCAUCGGUCCUUUGACGUUUCUCUUCAAACACGUGAAAUUUGUGUUUGGUGCGUUUUGCGUAUUUUUUCCGCGAAUAGUUAGUGAAUUCGCGUAAAAAUGCGUAUUGAAACGUGUUACUUCUGUUCCAGUAAAAUUUACCCAGGUCAUGGGAUACAAUUUGUGAGGAACGACUGUAAGAUAUUCAAAUUCUGUCGUUCAAAAUGCCACAGAGCCUUCAAAAAGAAGAAGAAUCCACGUAAAGUUCGCUGGACCAAGGCCUUCCGCAAAGCUGCCGGAAAAGAACUUUCCAUCGAUCCCAGCUUUGAAUUCGAGAAACGUCGUAAUAUGCCCGUUAAAUACAAUCGUGAAAUUUGGACAAAGACUUUAGAUGCUAUUAAACGAAUCAAUACGAUAAAGGAACGCCGACAAGGUCAAUUUAUCAUGGAACGAUUACGUAAGGGUCGUGAACAUGAAAUUGAGAGCGACGUUAAGGACGUACAAAGAAAUAUUGCACUGAUUCGAUCACCGGCUGCCGGUCUGAAGGAGCGUCGAGCCAAGGAAGAAGCAGCGAAAAUGGAUGCUGAGUCUGAUGAGGAAGAAAUCACCUAUGUCGAUGCUCGCGAACUAGAGAAGAAACUGGAAGAAUCGACAAUGGAUGAAGAUUAUGAAAUGUUGAAAGCUUAAGUGUUAAGUUUAAUUUAGUUUUGUAUCCAAGUUCACAUGUCGCUUGUAUAUUUAUAGGGUUCCUAGAAUAAAAAAAAAACUUCUUUAAAGAUAAA